CCCUCCCAGUCCAUACGGGACCCGUUACCCCUCGGCGCAGGGCCCUCCCAUCCCGUCCCGGGGGCGGGGCAGGGCGAGGCGGAGUGGGCGUGGCGAAGGGAAAGUGGGCGUGGCUAUGAGGCUGCGCGGCUGGCGCGGAGUUGCGCGACGCUCCCUGCCUACGCCCCGCCCCCGCUCCCUCUCCCCGUCCCCUGCGCCGUGCGACCGCGGCGGGGCGCGGAGUUUGCCUCGGUCCCUGCGCGGCGGCUGCCAUGUCCCAAGAUGGCGGAGGCGGCGGAGCUGAAGGAGUCAGAGUGUGUCACCACCUUUGCCCACCAGACUGUGGAAUAUGAAAUUGCCCCUGACCGAACGGUGACUCCCCUGGACAGAGAAGAAGUUUGCGGAUGUGCCUUGUUCAACAGCAGCACGAUCAGACUUGAGUCUGCUGCAGAUCCAGCCGCUACCCAAGCCUCAGGUGCCCUCUGAGAGCUCUCGAUUGCCAACUCUUACGGCAACAAAGAGAGGUUUUUUCUGCUGCUCUGAUGCUCUGAGCGGUAAUCGGAGAGGCUUCAGGGGUAGAUAAGAGUCCACAGCUGCUGCAGCGGUGGUGACACAGCCAUCCUAUGUCACGAAUCAUAUGGUUAUGAGCUUUAGGGUAUCAGAAUUACAAGUUCUCUUGGGCUUUGCUGGAAGGAACAAAAGUGGAAGGAAGCACGAACUUCUCACAAAGGCCUUACAGCUGCUGAAAUCUGGCUGCAGCCCGGCUGUCCAGAUGAAAAUUAAAGAACUGUACCGGCGGAGGUUCCCGAGAAAGAUCUUAACCCCUUCGGACUUGUCAAUGCUCCACAUUCAGGCAGGGCAACUGCCUUCGGCCACCGCGCUGACACAGGGCACCGUGUGUCACCUGCCCUAUGACCACAGCUCUGCUGCUGCCGCCGUGCCGGCGGCUCUGCUGCCUCCGGUGCCUGUGCUGGGACCCAAGCAUGAGACAGACGUUCAGCACCUAUCGCCACCCAUCCACCCUGUCCAUCCGGAUGUCAAGAUGAAGAGGCUGCCCUUCUACGAUGUUUAUGAUGAGUUGAUAAAACCCACCACGUUAGCCUCAACAAACAGUCAACGGUUUGAAGAAGCUCACUUCACCUUUGCUCUAACCCCCCAGCAAGUUCAACAGAUCCUCACCUCCCGAGAUAUCUUACCAGGUGCCAAAUGUGAUUACACUAUACAGGUGCAAUUAAGGUUUUGCUUGUGUGAAACCAGCUGUCCCCAAGAAGAUUACUUCCCUCCUAACUUAUUUGUCAAGGUCAAUGGAAAACUCUGUCCCCUGCCUGGUUAUCUCCCACCCACAAAAAACGGCGCAGAGCCAAAAAGACCCAGCCGCCCCGUCAAUAUCACUCCAUUGGCACGACUUUCGGCAACUGUCCCAAACACGAUUGUAGUGAACUGGUCCUCAGAGUUUGGCAGGAACUACUCUCUGUCGGUGUACCUGGUGAAGCAGCUGACGUCAGUAACGCUGCUACAGAAGCUAAGAGCCAAGGGCAUCCGAAAUCCAGACCAUUCGCGAGCCCUGAUCAAAGAAAAACUAACAGCUGAUCCUGACAGUGAGAUAGCUACAACGAGCUUACGAGUUUCCCUGAUGUGUCCACUGGGUAAGAUGAGGCUGAUUGUGCCUUGCCGAGCCACCACAUGCACCCACCUCCAGUGCUUCGACGCAGCGCUGUACCUUCAAAUGAAUGAGAAGAAACCCACAUGGACUUGUCCUGUGUGUGAUAAGAAAGCCCCGUACGACAACCUGAUAAUCGACGGGUUGUUCAUGGAAAUCCUGAACUCCUGCACGGACUGUGAUGAGAUACAGUUCAUGGAGGAUGGCUCCUGGUGCCCCAUGAAGCCGAAGAAGGAGAACCAGGAGGUGUGCCAGACGUCUGCGUUCAGUGGGAUUGAGGCCAGCUCCCUUUACACUGUGAGCUCCGAGGGCAAGAACUCGUCGGAGGGCAAAAAAAAAGUGGAGGUUAUUGAUCUCACUCUGGACAGCUCAUCGGAUGAGGAGGAGCCGCCUGCCAAGAAGCAGUGCCCGGUCUCCAGCGUGGCUCUUCCGACAGCAGCUGGGCCCAAGGGGGUAUUAAGUAUUGAUCACCAGCCGUCUUCUGUGCUUCGAAGUCCUCCCAUGGCAGCUCUUGGCAGUGACUAUCUCUCCAACCUCCCCGUUCCUGACUACCAUCCUUCCUACCAGGUGCCCUCAGAGCUUCAAGGUCUGGAUUUGUUUUCCUUCCUUCAAACUGAAAAUCAGCAUUACAGCCCUUCCGUGAUCACCUCCCUGGAUGAGCAGGACACGCUCGGCCAUUUCUUCCAGUACAGAGGCACGUCUAGCCACUUCAUAAACAUGAAUCCCCUGGCCCCUGUGAUGGCAGGAUCUCACAGCGCCAUCAGCCCUGCUGGUGGCCGCAUCAGCAGCAUCGUCUCCACCAGCGCACUGCGAGAGAGCCACGGACACAACGGGACAAUAAGUAGCAACGCGGCGCUCCCGGGCUGCAGGCCAGACAUCAUUUCCCUGGACUAAGCCCAUGCUGAAUGGCUGUUAUUCCCUCUACCGGGGAUGGGAGACAAGGGCAGGUUUCCAGUAGCUGCCUUAGGGAUUGGCUUCCCUCUCUGGGGCUGGAAGGACCUGACCAAGAACGCUUUGGUUGUGUCUCUCCUCUCUCGACUGAGGCCAUCUCCCCGCAGUGUAACCAGUGCCCCCAGGCCUUGCGCUGGUGGUUUCCAGUCCUCCUCUGUUAGGAAGGAUACGUCCCACGGCUGUAUCAGUGCAUGCAUGUGCUCCGUUGGGAUGUUCUGGGGAGGGCCUGUUUCUGAGGGUUAACCAAACCCCAUGACUUUAAAGAAGUAUUUUAAAACCAUUUAUAUAAUGUAGGAUUCUGCUACAGAUAUCAAAGAGCUGAGGAGGAUAAUUCAACCGCCCCACUGCCGCGGGAGCAGCACCCGCUGCCCAGAAGCAGCAAGUCCUGCACAUACACCCACCCAAACCCCCCGUGGACCCUCACAAGUGAGGCUGGGGCUGGCUGUGGCUGCCUCCCAAGUCCCCCCCUGGAAAUUAAUCCUCAUUUUUAACAGAAGGUGGCGGGGAGUGGGGCGAGCAGAUGCAAACGGGGCUGCCGUGGAUGAGGACAGGGUGAGGUGAGCGACCCGGAAGGGAGGCGGUGCGGGUGCCCUGCCCAUGCUGCUGCCUCCUGCCUGUCCCUCUAGUGACAGUACUGUCUCAGUUGUAAUUACGAUAUAUUUUUUAAAAAAAUGUAGAUUUGUUUUCCUCCUUUUAAAUAUUUCCAGUGCAGACCUGUACAGAGAACAAAUAGAUGAUCUAUAUUUUCAGUUGCAGCUUUUGUACAUAUGAAACUCCAAAGACUCCCCUGUCUCUCUAUCUACGUGAGGACUAAAUGAAGGUUGUGUCAUCUCCAGGGACGACGCAUCACCCGUUGCACAAAUUAUUUAUGUAUUUAAAUGUAUUCUUUAGUUUGUAACCUCUACAGCAAUGUACCUGCUGCUUUGUGAGUGUCCAAACAGGCUUGCUGCCUGCUGCCAAGCUCAUCUCCGAAUUCCUGCAGCGACAGGCAGACAGGUGGUGUGGCUCAUGGCAAGGCUGAGUGUGGAGAGGUAUCACAUGUAGCAAUUUUUUUAGCACCUUUUUUUUUUUUUUUUUUUUUUUUUAAACUGCUCCUUCCCUGAAAUUCAAAGCAGUGUCCAUGCUGGUGGGUCGGGAUGGGGGAGCAGCGCACAAUAUUCUGCUUGGACGAUUUCCUAUUCCUUGUAAUCGUGGUAAAUAUUUUAAUGCAAUAAAGCUGUUAAAUCCUGAA